AUGAGUGAGUCGAUCAAAUGUGUUUUACCUUGUCUAAGGUGUAAAAAUACGGUAACCACUGGCAUUAAAUGUAUUCAAUGUGGUAGAUUAUCUCACAAAAGCUGUCUGGAAAUUCUAAAAAUCACGCUUUUAAGUAAAGAAACUGUAAAUUGCUGUAAUCAAAGUGCAACGACUAAGAAUACAAAUAUUAAAAAGACUGAAAUACCUACAUCAUUUCAACAGAUAGACGGUAAUGAAUCUAUGCGAGUGUCGUAUUUAGAGAGAAUUAUCCGAGACAAAGAAUCGAUUAUAGAAAAUUUGCAUUUUACUUUAGAAGCAUUAAAAGAGCAAUUAGAUUUAUUGAAAGCUUAUAAAUCAUCUACUUCCGAAGGUUUUCAAUCUCAAAUACAUCAGGACAGAAGUAAGCCAUCGAAUAGUUCAGGCCUUUCUGAAUCUCAUCGAUCGGAAUUAAAGAGUAUGCAAAAUCAUACAGAACAAAACUUUAAAUUACCAAAAACUGAUAUAAUAGGAGUUAAACCUAAUAAUCCUAUCACUAAAACUGCAUUAGCAACUGCUCUCUACAAUGAGGAAUCAAAAAACACUCUCACAUCAAUAAUCAAUCUUGAAAAAGACGUUAGACCUAAGGCUUUACUGGUAGGCUCGUUAGAAGGAAACACUAGUGAUGGUACCUUGAGAGCUUCUGACUUUGUAAAAACCUCUGAGUUUCAUUACCAUGCAACAAAUUUUGCUCCUGAUGUGUCUUCAGAAAAUCUACAAAAGCAUCUAAAGAAAUUUGCUCCAAAUGUAAAGACGUUGUGA